AUGAUGAUCAGCUCUCCCUCGCAUCCUCAUUCCUCUGGCAGCAACAUACUUGCCACCCCCAUUCGCAAGCAAUCCUCGGCCGACUCCAGCGAGUGGACGACGUUCGUGACUAAACACCACUAUCCAAUCUAUGACGGCGAUCACCGCAAGCCAACGUAUGACGACGAUGAGGAGGACCAACUCCAAGACGAAGAAGACGACGAGGAGCAGCGAGUGGCCACCUCGACCAAAUCUCAGUCGGCUCCGUUGCGUGUGCGGACAUAUUCCUCGGGUCCUGUGACUUCUUCCGUUCAACACGCUCACGCUAUACAUCCAGACGUCGUCCGCGGCGGACAGUCUUCGCCUUCGUCGCCAUCGUCUCCCGGACCGUCGACGCCCUCUAGCUUUUCCGGUGGUCCCUCGACGAUCACUCAGUCGAAUAAUAGAAACCCUCCUCCUGCUCCUUCCGCAGGUUACAUUCUUCAUUCAUCGCUCGCUCCAUCGCCAACUACGAUCCGACGUCCCGAAGGUGCUGCACAAACCUCGACGGGUGUCACCUCGUCCACGGUUGUUGCAAGUACUGCGCCCGUACGCCGCCGUCCUCAGCAGGUACGCCGACAAAGCACCACAGACAUUCGUCCAUCAACAGCUUCGAGCAUGAGCAGCAGCACUACAGCACUUCCUCCCGUCGCACCCCUCUCAACUACAAACGCACUCUCGGCGUCGGCAGCCGCUGCCCUUGAACGAUUCCGACCACUCAUCGCCCGUUCAUUUACAAACUCGCCUCAUUUGACUGCACUGGCGGAGCAAAUCAUUACCUCGCCGUGGUUCCUGAACCAAGAGAUGGAGCCACCGCUCGAGACUUCAGACCCGCUCGUGAUCCAUGCCAAAAUCCUACGACCUGGAGAGAGCAGAUUCCGUGCUUUCCUAGAGAUGACGCCCACAAGAACAUAUCGGUGCCAGUUUGUGCUCCCGCCAGGAGGCGACAGUUCGGUCGGCACGCCUCCUUCGUCCUCUGGCUCACCUGGCGAGAACGAGAUGGAAGUAGAAGAACACGGUCACACUCAUGGAGCCGACAGUUUGUGUGAAGGACGACGAUGUGAGCGCACAGAAGAGCGUCUUGAUCGUGCCCAAGGUCAUGCGCGGCAGCAUUUGGAGUACCGACCGUUUGUCUGCGGCGGCAAGUGUGCGCGACCAGACUGCACACAAAGAUUCUACUCGUCUGGCCAAAAGGACGACCACAUCCGGCGCUCCAUUCCACGGCGCAAGCAAUGCGAGGCAUGUGGCAAGCAAAUUUCGAUUCAAAACGUCAGCAGACACAUGAAAGUCAUUCAUAAUCAAUCCGUGGCCGCAGCAUCGUCGACGAUGCAGGACAAGAUACCCCCGACAUACAAGCCAUAUUGA